GCUGGGAUGCUGGAGUCCGCUCCCGGUGAGGCGCGGACGUACUUGCCACCGGAGGCUGAGCGGACCAGAGCGCACCCUCCGGGAGCCGCCGGCGCCUCCCCGCGGCCCGGGACACACGUGCCUGGGCCAGGGCCAAGGCCAGUGGCCACUCCGUAGUAAGCGGGGCGGGUGGGAGCGCCUGGCUUCGGGCCGCGGCCGCCGCCCGCCCGCCGGCUCCGGUGGUUGGGCGGAGGAAGCGCGGGACUCCUCCUCCCCGCCGUAUUAACAUGCACCCAGGGGCGGGUGACCAGCCCAGCCUCGCCGCCCCUGCCCGCUGCUGCGUCCCGGCGCUCAGCCUCCGCGCCAGAGGCGAGCGUUGCGCUCCGGGCGCCGCAAUCGCGAGGACGCGGCCUCGCAGACACCUUCCGCCGCCGGCGGGGAGCGGUAGGACCCGCGGUGUGAGCGGCUGCAGCCACCUCGGCGCCCGGCUAGGCUCCUUGCCUUCACCUCGCUGAGAGGCGUCCCCGGGGCCCCGGGGCCCGCUCUGGCCCUCGCUCGUGGGACGGACGGACGGACACAGACAGACCGACGCCACCAGCGAGUCCCGGACUGCGGGCAGCGGCAAGAAAAGUGUGAGUGUACAAUUGGACCACUUCUAGUGAGGACAACACAUACCUUUUCCUGGGACACAUUCUUCAGAAGACCAGCACACAUCCAGUUUGCUCAGAUAUAACUCCAAAUUAACAGAGUCUUCUAGAGGGGACUUCAUUAGUCUCACCAAGACUGAGCAGUCGAACAUCACAUAUCAAGAGUGACAUCUGGUUAACAAUAUCAACAACAGCAGCAACCUGAAGCUUGGAUCUCCUGUGCUGGAAGCAGGAAAAAUGGAAGAAUGAUCAUCAAAGGUUACAUCUGCUCUGGGAACCGCUGAAUGUCACUUGAAGGCCCCUGUGUCGGCUUCAGAGAACUCCUGUUGAAUGACAAAGACGCUGAGAACAGUCUUUGCCCAAGACGGGUCUGGAACUUAACGGGGUUCCCAUGAUCCCUGCGAUUGCUUCCAGUCAGCGAUGAAAGGGUUAUCGGGUAGCCGCAGCCACCACCACGGGAUCACCUGCGAGUCGGCCUGUGACUCAUUGUCGCACCACUCAGACCACAAGCCGUACCUGCUGAGCCCGGUGGACCACCACCCUGCGGACCAUCCCUACUACACCCAGCGGAAUUCCUUCCAGGCUGAGUGCGUGGGACCCUUCAGUGACCCGCUGGCCAGCAGCACCUUCCCACGAAGGCACUACACCUCGCAGCAGGAGCUGAAGGACGAGAGUGCCCUGGUGCCACGCACACUGGCCACCAAGGCAAAUCGCAUCCCCGCCAACCUGCUGGAUCAGUUUGAAAGGCAGCUGCCCCUCAGCCGGGAUGGCUACCACACGCUACAGUACAAGCGCACCGCUGUGGAGCAUCGCAGCGAUAGCCCCGGCCGCAUCCGGCAUCUGGUCCACUCGGUCCAGAAGCUCUUCACCAAGUCGCAUUCCCUGGAGGGGCCAUCCAAAGGCAGUGUCAAUGGGGGCAAGGCCAGCCCCGAUGAGUCGCAAACUGUGAGAUAUGGCAAGCGCAGCAAGAGCAAGGAGAGGCGUUCAGAGUCCAAGGCCAGAUCCAAUGCCUCCAACGCCUCCCCCACCUCUCCCAGCUGGUGGAGCUCAGAUGACAACCUGGAUGGCGACAUGUGCCUCUACCACACGCCAUCGGGUGUGAUGACCAUGGGCAGGUGCCCUGACCGCUCUGCUUCACAGUACUUCAUGGAAGCCUACAACACCAUCAGCGAGCAGGCGGUGAAGGCCUCCCGGAGUAACAAUGACGUCAAGUGCUCCACCUGUGCUAACCUGCCCGUCAGUCUGGAUGCCCCUCUUCUGAAGAAGAGUGCCUGGUCCUCCACUCUCACCGUGAGCAGAGCCCGAGAGGUUUACCAGAAAGCCUCAGUGAACAUGGAUCAGGCCAUGGUGAAGUCUGAGGCAUGUCAACAAGAGCGGUCCUGCCAGUACCUACAGGUUCCCCAAGAUGAAUGGACAGGGUACACACCUCGUGGGAAAGAUGAUGAGAUUCCAUGCCGAAGGAUGCGAAGCGGCAGCUACAUCAAGGCCAUGGGCGAUGAGGACAGCGGGGACUCAGACACCAGCCCCAAGCCUUCUCCCAAGGUGGCUGCAAGAAGAGAAAGCUAUCUCAAGGCUACACAACCCUCCCUCACAGAGCUCACCACACUCAAGAUCUCCAAUGAACACUCGCCCAAACUCCAGAUCCGGAGUCACAGUUACCUGAGGGCAGUAAGUGAAGUCUCCAUCAACAGAAGCCUGGACAGCCUUGACCCUGCAGGCUUGCUCACAUCACCAAAGUUCCGCUCCAGAAACGAGAGCUACAUGCGAGCCAUGAGCACCAUAAGCCAGGUGAGCGAGAUGGAGGUGAACGGACAGUUCGAAUCCGUGUGUGAGUCAGUGUUCAGCGAGCUGGAGUCGCAGGCGGUGGAAGCUCUGGACCUGCCCAUGCCUGGCUGUUUCCGCAUGCGGAGCCACAGCUACGUGCGGGCCAUCGAGAAGGGCUGCUCCCAGGACGACGAGUGCGUGUCGCUGAGGUCGUCCUCUCCUCCCCGCACAACCACCACGGUGAGGACCAUCCAGAGCAGCACCGGUGUCAUAAAACUGAGUUCUGCUGUGGAAGUGUCAUCUUGCAUUACAACAUAUAAGAAGACACCACCUCCAGUCCCACCCAGAACUACCACGAAACCUUUCAUUUCUAUCACAGCCCAGAGCAGCACAGAGUCUGCGCUGAGGAUGGCCUACAUGGACGGACAAGGCCAGCGUGGAGACAUGAUCAGCCAGUCUGGCCUCAGCAACUCCACCGAAAGUCUGGACAGUAUGAAGGCUCUGACAGCUGCCAUCGAGGCCGCAAAUGCCCAGAUCCACGGCCCAGCAAGUCAACACAUGGGCAAUAAUGCUGCUGUCACCACCACCACCACCAUAACCACUGUCACCACUGAGGACAGGAAGAAAGACUUUAAGAAAAACCGAUGCCUGUCUAUUGGGAUACAGGUGGAUGAUGCUGAAGAGCCCGAGAAAACGGGGGAGAAUAAGGCGCCCAGUAAGUUCCAGUCCGUGGGAGUCCAAGUGGAGGAAGAGAAGUGCUUCCGCAGGUUUACUCGGUCCAACAGCGUGACCACUGCAGUGCAGGCUGACCUGGACUUCCAUGACAACCUGGAAAAUUCUCUGGAAUCCAUAGAGGACAAUUCAUGUCCCGGCCCAAUGGCCAGGCAGUUCUCCCGGGAUGCCAGCACAUCCACCGUCAGCAUCCAGGGUUCAGGAAACCAUUACCAUGCCUGUGCCGCCGACGAUGACUUUGACACGGAUUUUGACCCCUCCAUCCUGCCUCCUCCGGACCCCUGGAUUGACUCUAUCACAGAAGACCCUCUGGAGGCUGUUCAAAGGUCUGUGUACCACCGGGAUGGCCACUGGUUCCUGAAGCUUCUCCAGGCAGAGCGAGACCGCAUGGAAGGCUGGUGCCAGCAGAUGGAGAGAGAAGAGCGGGAGAACAACCUCCCCGAGGACAUUCUAGGGAAAAUCCGAACCGCGGUGGGCAGCGCCCAACUUCUCAUGGCGCAGAAAUUCUACCAGUUCAGAGAACUGUGUGAAGAGAACCUGAAUCCCAAUGCUCAUCCAAGACCCACUUCCCAGGAUUUGGCGGGGUUUUGGGACAUGCUGCAGUUGUCCAUAGAAAAUAUUAGUAUGAAAUUUGAUGAACUUCAUCAGUUAAAGGCCAAUAACUGGAAACAGAUGGAUCCUCUUGACAAGAAGGAGCGAAGGGCCCCUCCUCCAGUGCCAAAGAAGCCGGCGAAGGGCCCCGCGCCGCUGAUCCGGGAGCGCUCGCUGGAGAGCUCACAGCGCCAGGAGGCCCGCAAGCGCCUGAUGGCCGCCAAGCGCGCCGCGUCGGUCCGCCAGAACUCGGCCACCGAGAGCGCGGAGAGCAUCGAGAUCUACAUCCCGGAGGCGCAGACCCGGCUCUGAGCGCCGCCGCCGCCGCCGCCGCCGCCGCCGAGGACCGUCCCGCCGCCCUCCCCGCGGCCGCCUCCCCGUCCCCUCCGUCUCUGAGCUCAGUGACCGCCACCCUCGUCGUGGCCCUAGUUGUCCACCUCGCAGGAGCCGUCCCCAAGCCGCCCCACCCCGCUUCCUGGACCACUUUGCCCAUCUUCUCCACCGAGCUUCGCUCCCCUGUCCUGAAGCCUCAUGCAGACAUCCAAACCCUUUCUUUUUCGGGGACAAACAAACCCACCUGUGUAGAAAAGACCCCUGUAGGUCACUCACCCUCCUCAGUUCUUUCAAGCUAGCGUGUCCCUAGAACUCAGCAAUAUAAAACCAUAGGGUAUUUCAGAAACCCAGUAUCACACAGGGUGAUCCUUUGAGACUUAACCGUCUUCCACGUGAAAGAAACGAGGGCUCCGAUUCCCUUUAUUUGCCCCCAAAACGGUUAUUUUUACAAGCAGACAGAGCGCUUUAUUUCUAAUCUCAGAAAUCACACCAUCUCGUCGGAAUCAGUGGUGACCAAGAGAGGGGGAUGAAGCUGGCCUGGGGUGGGGGGGCCUGGGUGUGUAGGGGAGCAGGGCAAAGUGUGCAGGUACCCUGCGUCUGUACCUUCGCAGCUGUACAAACUGCCUCACUGGUACUCCAUCAAUCACAGCUUCAAAUGUUUCAAUCAGCAGAAGAUUGUCAAUUCGCUCUUUCAGGGAAAUUAAUCUAUUCUGAAAGGCAAUAAAACGAGGAAAGUUAAGGCAAAGGAAACUCCGAUGGUUUAAGAUCCUAUAUAAGGAAUCUAUUUAUUUAUCUUAUUAUUAAGAAAAUUUAGACCUGAAAUGUUUUAUCAACUUUUCUUGUACUCUGUGUAUUAUAAUGUCAUGGCAGUGGUUUUUAAAUGGGGGGUGGGGGUGGGGAGAAAGAGUUGGCUCUGUUAAUUUAGUGUCCAUUCGGGUGGGCCCACUUAAGAUUUCACACACACACACACACACACACACACACACAUGCACGCACGCGCAUGCACACACACACACACACACGUAAGAACACUUCUGCUUCUCAAAGACCGCAAGGCCAUUUCCAGAGAAGAGUUCCGGUUCUCUGCCACCCCUUUGAAUGCUACACAUCUGUCUAGUUUAGCCCAGCACGUCACAUUUCAGGGGUCUCCUCUCACUCCAACACAGGGUUCACGUGUCCUCCAGCACAGGAUUUUUUGUCCUAUAUCAAAUGAAUAAAAUAAAAGGUUUUCUACCCCACUUGACAUGCUGCCUCCUUCCAAAGAGCGGUCAUUAUGAUCCUGAAGUUCCAGCUAGUGAGAGAAGUCAUCCAAUUACUCGGGGGGCCAAGAGCUAUGAGGAGCAAGGAAAGUAGGUAUCCAUACACGCUGAUAGAAACCCAAGUGUUUGGUUGGACUCCAGGCUUCCUUUGGCUUGUAGUUUAGUCCGAGGCCGAUGGGCUGUGUGCGCUGGCAGCCUGCUGAAGUCUUCAAAUGCCCUUACUUGUAGCAGUUUAAACAUUCAGAAUGCGGCAGUCCGAAAGGGUCAGGCAUCUAUUAUGGCAAGCUUGCAACCUAAAGAAUUAGAAAUUUGCCAUUGAAAAAUGAAAGUCUUUAAAAAAAAAAAAAAGUCUAAAAAAAACCUGCUUGCACCAGAGAUGCUUAAAACAAAACAAAACAAAAAACAAAUACACUCUCAUAGCCAGGUGCUAAUUUAAUUUUCUUUACAAAAUUAAGAGAAGCGAUGGGUUCUGGCAACUUUCAAUAUUUUCAGACGUAUUCGAAAACCACUGGAGAAUUCGCUACCUCUCAGAGCUGUUGAUGCUUUGAGCUACCUUUAACAACAGGGCACAAAUGUUUACUGCUGUGGUUUACAAGAAAAGGGCUACUAACUUAUUUAAAAAAAAAAAACAAAAACAAAAACCAACUUAACUAGGGCAGACAAAGUCAGUGCUUUCUCAAACUGGGGCAGAGAUUUUUGAGCUUCAAGUAUUUGCUCAGACACGCUUUUUCUUUACAAUGGAGCAGCAGGAGUAAGGCCAACUGUCACCUUGGGUAGUCCAUGGUCACAUUCAUCCAAGAAAGACGUGGAAUUCACAGGAAGCAGCAGCGUCCAUUCCAGCCCCACUCACACUGCUACAGCUCUGUGCCCUGAGGUAGAGUUCAGUUUCUAACGUGAUUCCAGAUUCUCCUACAGUGUUUUCUUUGGAAACUGAUUUAGCCCAGGCUAUAUUUUAAAGAGGGAUAAGAGAAGGCAUAGUAUUUAUCUUGUCUAAGGGAAUGGCAUUUGUAUAUUCAUAAGCUAUUUUUGGUAAGAAUUUUAAAUCUUUUAGCUGAACGCCUGCAGGGCAUCACAACCUUUGCCUUCCUGAAAAACACAGUUUAAACUGUACAAACACUUUAUAAAAAAAGCUAAUUAUUGAUGUUAGGACAUGACCCCCCACACACAAUACAGCUCAUUAUCCACUGGAACCCGGAACUAACAUCCGUGAGCAUAACCUCUGUUGCGUUAUUCUUUUUGAUGUAAUUUGUAGAGAUGUUUUUUAGUUCAUAAUGAACAGUGUAUGUACCCUGAAAAAUGACUUAUUUUGUUUAACUUUGGUAUAAAGGUGUUGGGCAUUUUCUUGGGGCGGGGGAGGGGGGGAUUACAAAAGAAAUUUGUCUCCCUCAUCAAAAACAAACAAAAAAAAAUACGUUCAAAGAAAUUAAGUAUUUAUUAUAUUUUUUGCAGAUGUUUCCAUAUAAUUCACAUAACCUUUUUGUAAAGAGAGAUGAAGAAAUGGAUUAAAGAUUUUUAAUAUUUGAAAUGGUAAAUAGAGCUAAUUUAUUUGUAAUAUAUUUCUGUUAUUUAUAGAUGUUCCCUUAAUGUUUUACUGUGCAGUACCUGCUUUAAUUUAAGCCUUAUCCUUGUGAAUUUACCAUUUCUUUUUUAAGAACAUGUCUAGAUGCAUAUUUUAAAUAACUGGAAUGUAAAUCAUUAGCAUAUCUGAAUUCCCUAAUGUAAUUUUUAAAAAGUAUUUUGGUUUGGGGAAAAAAAAAAGAUUCAUUUGAGAAAGCCUUCAGAUGGAGGGGUGGGGAAGUUUUUAUGGCUUUCUGAAUUGGAAUUUCAUAGGCUUAUUUACCUAGAUUGUGUGUGGACAAAAAAAAAACCCAACAAAACAAAAAACAAAAACCAACCUGUAAAUACAUGAAUGUUUCCCAUAAUGUAAAAAGAAGGAAUUAAUAAAAUAAUCAAUGCACUGCUUUCA